CGACAUCCCCAUGUCCCUGUCCCCAUGUCACGACAUACCCAUGUCACGACAUACCUGUGUCACGAUAUACCCAUGUCACGACAUACCCAUGUCAUGAUAUACCCCUGUCAUAAUAUACCCAUGUCAUGACAUCCUUAUGUCAUGUUGUCCUCAUGUCACAAUAUACUCACGUCCAACUGUCCCCAUGUCAUGACAUCCCCACGUCACACUGUUCCCAUGUCACGACAUCCCCAUGUCAUGAUAUACCCAUGUCCCUGUCCCCAUGUCAUGACAUACCCAUGUCAUGAUAUACCCAUGUCCCUGUCCCCAUGUCAUGACAUACCCAUGUUCCCAUCUCCAUGUCACGACAUACCCAUGUCCCUGACCCCAUGUCAUGAUAUACCCAUGUCACGAUAUACCCAUGUCACGACAUACCCAUGUCACGACAUCCCCAUGUCCCUGUCCCCAUGUCAUGAUAUACCCAUGUCAUGACAUACCUAUGUCACGACAUCCCCAUGUCAUGAUAUACCCAUGUCCCUGUCCCCAUGUCAUGAUAUACCCAUGUCAUGAUAUACCUAUGUCACGGUAUCCCCAUGUCAUGAUAUACCCAUGUCACGACAUACCCAUGUCAUGAUAUACCCAUGUUCCCGUCUCCAUGUCACGUUAUACCCAUGUCCCUGACCCCAUGUCAUGAUAUACCCAUGUCACGAUACACCCAUGUCCCCAUCCCCAUAUCAUGAUAUAACCAUGUCAUGACAUCCCCAUGUCAUGAUAUUCCCAUGUCCCUGUCCCCAUGUCACGAUAUACCCAUGUCACGAUAUACCCAUGUCAUGACAUACCCAUGUCAUGAUAUACCCAUGUCACACUGUCUCCAUGUCACGACAUACCCAUGUCACACUGUCCCCAUGUCACGAUAUACCCCUGUCACGACAUACCCAUGUCAUGACAUCCUUAUGUCAUGUUGUCCUCAUGUCACGAUAUACCCAUGUCCAACUGUCCCCAUGUCAUGACAUCCCCAUGUCACAUUGUCCUCAUGUCACGGUAUCCCCGUGUCAUGAUAUACCCAUGUUCCCGUCUCCAUGUCACGACAUACCCAUGUCCCUGAACCCAUGUCAUGAUAUACCCAUGUCAUGACAUCCCCAUGUCACGAUAUACCCAUGUCCAACUGUCCCCAUGUCAUGACAUCCCCAUGUCACAUUAUCCUCAUGUCACGGUAUCCCCGUGUCAUGAUAUACCCAUGUCCCCGUCCCCAUGUCACGAUAUACCCAUAUCAUGACAUCGCCAUGUCACCACAUCCCCAUGUCGCAGACCAAUGGCGUGACAUCCCCAUAUCGAGAUAUCCCCAUGUCAUGCUGUCCCCAUGUUGCGAUAUCCCCAUAUUGAGAUAUCCCCAUGUCACGACAUCCCCAUGUCAUGUUGUCCCCAUAUCAUGACAUUCCCAUGUCACGACAUCCCCAUAUCGUGACAUCCACGUGUCACAACAGCUCAUCCCCACGUCAAGAUCCCCAUGUCAUGUCGUCCCCAUGUCACGACAUCCCCAUGUCACAGUCCAAUGUCACGACAUCCCCAUGUCUCGUUGUCCCCAUGUCACGACAUCCCCAUGUCACGAUAUCUCCAUGUCAUGACAUCCCCAUAUCGCGACAUCCAUGUGUCACAACUCAUCCCCAUGUCAACAUCCCCAUGUCAUGUUGUCCCCAUGUCAUGAUAUCCCCAUGUCACGACAUCCCCAUAUCAGGCCAUCCCCAUGUCCCCAGGUCCCCAUGUCACGACAUCCCCAUGUCACAGACCAAUGUCACGAUAUCCCCAUGUCAUGUCAUCCCCAUGUCACGACAUCCCCGUGUCGCAGUCCAAUGUCACGACAUCCCCAUUUCUAAUGGUCCCCAUAUCAUGACAUCCCCAUUUCAUGUUGUCCCCAUGUCACGAUAUCCCCAUGUCACGACAUCCCCAUAUCAAGAUAUCUCCAUGUCAAGAACCCCAUGUCAAACAGUCCCUAUGACACUUCAUCCCCAUGUCACGACAUCCCCAUAUCGUGACAUCCCCAUGUCCCACUCAUCCCCAUGUCAAGAUCCCCAUGUCAUGUCAUGUCAUCCCCAUGUCAAACUGUCCCCAUAUCAUGACAUUCCCCAUGUCACGACAUCCCCAUAUCGUGACAUCCACGUGUCACAACAGCUCAUCCCCACGUCAAAAUCCCCAUGUCACGACAUCCCCAUGUCACGAUAUCUCCAUGUCAUGACAUCCCCAUGUCAANUAAAAACCCCAUGUCAUACAGUCCCCAUGUCACGACAUCCCCAUGUCACGACAUAACCACGUCACAAUAUCCCCAUGUCACGAUAUCCCCAUGUCACACUGUCCCCAUAUCACGACAUCCCCAUAUCGCAACAUCCCCAUAUCACAUUGUCCCCAUCUCACGACAUCCCCUUGUCUCAACAUCCCCAUGUCAUGAUAUAACCAUGUCACGAUAUAACCAUGCCAUGACAUCCCCAUGUCACAGCGUCCCCAUGUCCCCCAAUCCCCAUGUCACGACAUGCCCAUAUCAUAGUCCAAUGUCACGACAUCCCCACGUCACAUUGUCCCCAUGUCACGACAUCCCCAUAUCGUGACAUACCCAUGUCAAAUUGUCCCCAUAUCACAACAUCCCCAUAUCACGACAUCCCCAUGUCACAACAUCCCCAUUUCCCACAGUCCCCAUGUCAAGACACCCCCAUAUCGUGACAUACCCAUGUCAAAUUGUCCCCAUAUCACAACAUCCCCAUGUCACGACAUCCCUAUGUCACAAAGUCCCCAUAUCACGACAUCCCCAUAUCAGGUUGUCCCCAUAUCACGAUAUCCCCAUGUCACAGCUCAAUGUCACGACAUCCCCAUGUCAUGACCAUAUCAAACAGUCCCCAUAUCGUGAUGUCCCCAUGUCACGACAUCCCCAUGUUACGACAUCUCCGUGUCUUGACAUCCCCAUGUCACACUGUCCCCAUAUCACGACAUCCCCAUAUCGCAACACCCCCAUGUCAUGUCGUCCCCAUGUCACGACAUCCCCAUGUCACGACAUCCCCUUGUCUCAACAUUCCCAUGUCAUGACAUAAAUGUCACUCUGUCCCUAUGUCACGAUAUCCCCAUUUCUAACUGUCCCCAUGUCAUGACAUCCCCAUAUCGUGACAUCCACGUGUCACAACAACUCAUCCCCAUGUCCCACUGUCCCCAUGUCACGACAUCCCCAUGUCAAGUCGUCCCUAUGUCGCAAUAUCCCCAUGUCACGACAUCCCCUUGUCUCAGCAUCCCCAUGACAUCCCCAUGUCACGAUACACUCAUGUCACGACAUCCCCAUUUCUAAUGGUCCCCAUAUCACGUUGUCCCCACGUCACGACAUCCCCUUGUCCCAACAUCCCCAUGUCAUGAUAUAAACAUGUCACGAUAUACUCAUGGCAUGACNUCCCCAUAUCACGUUGUCCCCACGUCACGACAUCCCCUUGUCCCAACAUCCCCAUGUCAUGAUAUAAACAUGUCACGAUAUACUCAUGGCAUGACAUCCCCAUGUCACAGUGUCACCAUGUCACGACAUCCCCAUGUCACGACAUCCCCAUAUCACAUCCCCACGUCACACUGUCCCCAUGUCACGAUAUCCCCAGUUCUUACUGUCCCCAUAUCACAAUAUCCCCAUGUCACGACAUCCCCAUUUCUAACGGUCUCCAUACCAUGAUAUAAACAUGUCAUGACAUCCCCAUGUCACGGGAUCCCCAUAUCACGACAUCCCCAUGUCAUGACAUCCCCAUAUCACAACGUCCCCAUGUCAAGUCGUCCCCAUGUCACGACAUCCCCAUGUCACAGUCCAACGUCACGACAUCCCCGUGUCAAGCUGUCCCCAUAUCACCUUAUCCCCAUGUCUCAACAUCCCCAUGUCAUGAUAUAACCAUGUCACGAUAUCCCCAUUUCUAUCUGUCCCCAUAUCACAACAUCCCCAUAUCGUAACAUCCCCAUGUCACGACAUCCCCUUAUCUCAACAUCCCCAUGUCAUGACAUAACCAUGUCACGAUAUACUCAUGUCACGACAUCCCCAUUUCUAUCUGUCCCCAUAUCACGAC